AUGAAGAGUUUCUCCGCCGCUGCGGCUGCUGUCGCCGGUGCUACUCUUUUCUUCCGGGCCGCAUAUGCAGAUGUAGACCCUAUUGUCAUUAAAGGCUCCAAAUUCUUCUACCAGACCAACGGAACGCAAUUCUAUAUUAAAGGCGUUGCCUAUCAACAGGAUUAUCUAGGCAAUGGCACAACCACCACCGGUGAUGACAACUAUGUUGACCCUCUGGCCGACGCCUCGACAUGCCAGCGAGACAUUCCCUACCUCCUCCAACUAGGAACUAACACGAUCCGUGUCUACGCGGUCGACCCUACUCAAAAUCACGAUGAUUGCAUGAAUAUGCUGGCAGAUGCCGGUAUCUAUGUCAUUUCUGACUUGUCGUCCCCUGGCACCUCCAUCAACCGAGACACUCCCACCUGGAACGACGAUCUGUACGCUCGCUAUACCGCGGUCAUUGACAACCUGUCACAAUACAAGAAUACCCUGGGUUUCUUCGCAGGCAAUGAGGUGUCCAACAAUAACACCAACACUGAUGCCAGCGCCUUUGUCAAGGCUGCUGUCCGUGACAUGAAGGCUUACAUCAAGCGACAAAACUACCGCCCCAUAGGAGUGGGCUAUGCCACCAAUGACGACGCCGACAUUCGUGUCAAUCUUGCCAACUACUUCGACUGCGGAGACCCGACCGACGCUAUUGAUUUCUGGGGUUACAACAUCUACUCGUGGUGCGGAAACUCCAGCUUCACGGAGUCUGGCUACGACCAACGCACGGAGGAAUUCCAGGACUACAACGUACCCGUUUUCUUUGCUGAGUACGGAUGCAACACCGUUCAACCCCGUGAAUUCACCGAAGUCCAGGCCUUAUUUGGCCCUCAAAUGAACCAGGUCUGGUCGGGCGGCAUUGUCUACAUGUAUUUCCAAGAGGCAAAUGAUUAUGGUCUGGUCACUGUGUCUGGUAGCUCGGUGAGCACCCUGGGCGACUUCAAUGCGCUGUCCACCCAGAUUGCGCAAAUCCAUCCGACCGGUGUCAACGCAAACGACUACAAUCCCACCAAUACUGCUCCUGCUUCCUGCCCGAGCGUUGGCGCAGAUUGGCAAGCAUCAUCCGACCUGCCUCCGACACCCAACGAAGAACUUUGCGAAUGCAUGUACAAUGCUUUGACCUGUCGACCCAACAACGUCCCCACCGACGACAUUGGUGACCUGUUUGGCAUUGUUUGCGGUCUUGCCGAUGGUGUCUGUGACGGUAUUGCCGCCAACGCCACCACCGGUGACUAUGGUGCCUACGGCAUGUGCAACCCUCAGCAACAGCUCGGUUGGGCACUCAACAGCUACUACGAACAACAAGCCGCCCAAGGAAACGGCGCCUCGGCCUGCGACUUCAGUGGAUCAGCCACGACCGCAUCUCCUACCAGCCCGACUGGAAACUGUGCGACAUUGAUCAGCCAGGCUGGUAAUGCAGGCACUGGUACGGUCACCUCAGCACCCAGCGGCACGGCUGGCUCGGGAUCGAGCUCCGGCUCUAGUUCUGGAUCUAGCUCUGGAUCUGGUGGCAGCGGCAGCACAUCAAAUGCCGGCAUGCCUGGAUUUUCCGCUCCGAGCCACAUGGGUGUUUUGCAGCUCGUGGUCUAUCUCACGAUUGCAUUUGUUUCGGGAGCUGGUAUGAUUUUGUUGUAG